AGUGCAGACUAGCACAUUCUUCAUAGUCGCUAUUGUGGCAGGAUUUUAUUGACCACCGUGCAACCAGAGGAACUUCUUCGGCGCGUUUCUUUUUGUCGUCGUUAAUUUCGAUUAAAAAUUCGGUGCGCAUCUUCGCAUCCGUUUUGUGGUUUGAAUUUUUAUUUUUUUUUGUUUCUUCAUUAAGAGGGGCGGUUAUGUGUCAUAAUUAACGGUUUGGCGAAUUAGUUCUUCGUUUGGAUGGAUAUGUGAUAGUUGUUUAUUUGUUGUGUUGAAGUUCAUUAGAGGAUAUUCCAAAAUAUAAUAACAAAAUGUUGUCGGCAGGUAUAUGUCGAUGGCUGUUUCUUCUGGUAUCUCUUGCAACAUGGGUGUCAUUAACGAGUUCCCAGGAGAUGCGCGUUGUUUGUUAUUAUACCAACUGGUCAAUAUAUAGACCGGGAGACGCUAAGUUUAGUCCGCAAAAUAUAAACCCCUAUCUAUGCACACAUCUUAUAUACGCAUUUGGAGGAUUUACCAAAGAAAAUACGCUCAAACCCUUUGAUAAAUAUCAAGAUAUAGAAAAAGGUGGUUAUGCAAAAUUCACUGGAUUAAAAACUUACAACAAAAAUUUAAAAACUAUGCUAGCAAUUGGUGGCUGGAACGAGGGAUCCACUAGAUUUUCUCCCAUGGUGGCAAAUGCCACAAGACGGAAAGAAUUCGCUAGAAAUGCCAUUAAGUUUUUAAGACUGAACCAUUUCGAUGGACUGGAUCUAGAUUGGGAAUAUCCGUCUUUCAGGGAUGGUGGAAAACCUAGGGAUAAGACCAACUAUCCACUUCUUGUACAGGAUCUCAGAGAAGAAUUCGAUAGAGAAGCAGAAAAAACAGGAAGGCCAAAAUUGUUAUUAACGAUGGCUGUGCCUGCGGGUCUAGAAUAUAUUAACAAAGGAUUCAAUGUGCCAGAAUUAAAUAGAUACUUAGACUGGAUGAAUAUUUUAAGUUACGAUUAUCACUCCGCGUUUGAGCCUGCUGUAAAUCAUCAUGCGCCGUUAUAUUCUUUGGAAGAAGAAAGUGAAUACAACUACGACUCAGAUUUAAAUAUUGACCAUUCCGUUAAACACUAUCUUAAACUUGGGGCUGAUCCAAGCAAACUAGUACUAGGAAUACCUACGUAUGGUCGAUCAUAUACACUUCUUAAUCCAGAUGCUUUUGAAAUCGGCUCUCCAGCAGAUGGACCAGGAACUAUGGGUGAAGCAACACGAGAAAAUGGAUAUUUAGCAUACUACGAGGUUUGCGACUAUAUCAAGAACCAAGAUUGGGAGGUGGAUGAUCCAAACCCCAAGGUCAUGGGUCCAUACGCAUUUAAGGACAAUCAGUGGGUUGGAUAUGAUGACGAAGAAAUCGUUAAAAGAAAAGCCGAAUAUGUUGCUGAAAACCGUUUAGGAGGCAUUAUGUUUUGGUCUAUCGACAAUGACGAUUUCAGAGGGAAGUGCCACGGGAAGGCUUACCCCUUGGUUGAAGCUGGAAGAGCAGCAUUACUAGCUGCAUAUGGUAUAACAGAUGACAAUUUAAUUGCGCCACCUUCCAAACCCAUAAAAUCAAGAACUAGAACAAGAACUAAGACAGUUAACAAAAUAGAAGCAACUGAAGAUGAAAAAACAGAAAAACCCGAAAAGAUACAGACGAGAAGAAGAAACAGAACAAGACCAACUAAAGAAAAACAAGACAAACAGGAUGUGCAAGAGAUUUCGAUUAAACGUAAAAACAGAAGGAAAGAAGUGAAAGAUUCAUCAAGGGAGGAAACAUCUAGUUAUAGCAGUCUUAAAGUAGUAACUCCCAGUUGGACAACACCUGCUCCACCAUCAACACCUGAUAUGGACGGAGGGUUUAAAUGUGAAGAGGAUGGUUUUUACCCACAUCCAAAAGAUUGCAAAAAGUAUUAUUGGUGUCUAAGCGGUGCAGGCGACUCUAUCGUAGCUCAUCAAUUCACCUGUCCAGCUGGUUUAUACUUUAAUAAAGCCGCUGAUUCAUGUGACUAUACGCAAAACGUUAUAUGUAAAAAAAAGAUGCAAAAAGCUACAACGACUACGACCACUACGACAACUUCAACCACUGCAAGAAGUCAAGAUGCGUCAUCUACAUCUUCUCCUACUUCUCUUCUAUUCUCUACAAGAAUGCCAUCCAAAAUAUCAGGCGGAAGUAGGUCUAUUUUUAGGCACACAACAACUACAACAGAAGCAUACGAGGAUGAUGAUGAAGAAUACGAUGAUGAUGAAGAAGAAGAGAAUAAAAAGGAGUCAGAAGAAGAUCCUCGGGUCAUCAAAGAGUUAAUUGAACUUAUAAAGAAAGCAGGUGGUCUGGAAGAACUGGAAAAACAAUUUAAAGUGAAAGGAGAAUCGCCCAGUAAUAACAAUGCAGAAGUUACUACUAAAUCAUCAAUUUCAAAAAGCUUGUACGAGAGAGUAUUAAGUAAAGCUAUAAAAAAUACUCCUACUUCGACUGGUAAAAACAGAAAUACCAUCUUUAGAAAUAGCAGAGGACCACAAAGUGAGAAAACAGAAGACGAACUCAAAGAAGAAACUAAACCAAAAGUCGAAAGGGGAAAAUUGCAAUACACAUCGAUUUCAAGAUUUAGACCAUCAGUUGCCCGUGAGAAAAAAGCUGAAUCCGUCGAGAACGAUGAAGAUAUCGAAGAUAACGAAGAUCAAACCACCAAAAGGUCAUCUGACAAAUUCCCAGCUUACACGAAUAUAAGAAGAGCUAGAAUCAGUACAACAAGUGAACCAUCAAGUGAUAGAAAUAAAAUUUUGGGAGAACUGCCAGAAGAGAGCGAUGAUGAGGAUAGUGAAGAAGAUGAUGACGACGAAGAUGAUGAUGAUAUAAAAAGCGUAUAUACACCAACCACCAAAAAGGCGAAUAUUCCUCAUUACAUAAACAUUAGACGGCAAAGACCUUCGACCACAGAAGAAUCUUCCACAUCUCAAUACAACGAAAUCAAAAGAGGAAGCACUGCAGAGGCUACGUCUAAAGAAGAAAACAGUCCUACAACUGCAAAAUACAAACAAAUUCGACGUGGCACCACUACAGCUUCUACUACGACAACAAAUACACCGUCUACGUCUGAAACACAACAGUUCAGCACUGCUACAGAAAACAGUACGGAAACGUCGUCUGCCUCAUCAAUAUCUGAUUCAGAAUUAGGAUCCAGUGUCGAAGCGGUUACAGAAAACAGAUCAACAGAAGAUAUUAGAAAUGACUAUGUAUCUAGUGUAAUAACAACAACCGGAACAUACGUAACUUCAACAGAUGACAUUAAUGCCAUUAAAUCUGAAAAUAACGUUUCGAAAUCUCCCAACAAGUCAUCUUCACUGACUAAACCACACUUUUUAAAUUCUAUCCAAAGAAAAAGACCGCAACUUUUCGAGCCAAGACCGUUUACAAAGCCAACAGAGUCAACCACGUCAAGAGCAUCGACGAGUCAAGUCACAAAGGUGAGUCACGAUUCAACAGAAUCAGAAAAUUAUAAAAUUACAAAAGAAAAACCAACUAUCAACUUUAGAUCCAGAGGAUCUUCUAGGUUUAACCCACAGAAAAAAAUUCAAACAGCUAAUAUAGAAGAUGAUAUUGACACUGACAUUGUACCAUCUAAGAGGCGUUUGGUAACAACUGAAAAACAUAUAGAAGAAAUUAGACCGUACAGACCAUCAGAACUAGCAGAUUUAUCAUCUCUAACAGCUGUUGAUUUUGACAAUAUAAAAGAGCUAAGCGCAAGAGGAAAUUCAAGAAGAAGAAGACCCUUGAGACCCUCUUCCACAACUACUGUAGUACCAGAAGAUUUACAAAAGGCACAAUAUACUGUAAAAAGGAGAAGAAUAAAUUUAAAUUACAAAGAGUCUGAAAGGUUACCAGAUGUAUCUAAGAUUGCACCAACUACUGAAUCAACCGCAUCUGACUCAUUCCAAGCAACUUCUCGUAAUAGAAAAAUUAUACGAAGAUUUAGAACUAGCACGCAUCCAUCCACAUUGACCUCAGAAGUUACAGAAACAACAACUCCUCUUUCUAGAUCUCAACCAACGGAAACUACUACAAAAUCUAUUUUAGACAUCGCACCUAACAACAACGAGGUUAACGAUGAUGCUUUUGAUGAUUCAAGUACAGAAGAAGAAGAAAAUAUAAAACUAUCUGAAUCAAAUAUACGCGAAAAUAGUGACAUUAAUAGCUUUGAAGUGGAUCCAAAACUAAGGAACAAAUUUAAUAAACCCUUUGAUUAUUUCGGAAAGUCAAGCGUUCAUGAAAAGAGUUCAGGAAUUGAAAAAUCGACGUUUAUACUAGAAGAAAAAAGUAGCAAAGUUGAUGUUACUUUAGGUUCAGGUAUUUCAACUGAGCCCACCAUUUUUAACCGUACAAGAAAGAUAGUUAGAAAAAUUAUACCAACAGAUGCACCAAAAAUUGUUGAUAAGCCAGUGGAGUCUGAACAAGUAUUUGGCCGUAAAAGAAAGAUUAUUCGGAAAUUUAAACCGAUUAAUAAUACUGUUGAACAAAAGUCCACUAACAGUUUUAGUUUAAAUACAACGGAAGACUCUCUUUCUACAAAUGAUUCCAGUGAAAAUACAGAUACCAGUGAACAUGUAGAUACCAGUGAUAAUAUUUAUAAACUUCAAGACGUUUCCAGUGAAUCACCCAAAUAUCCCAAAAGAAUAUUCCGACCAAGAACAAAAUUUACCCUUAGUACUGAAAGCAGUAUAGACCAGGAGAUCACUACACCCAAACAAUAUCAAAGAAACAAAACAAUUUUACUUAGAGGACCAAGCAGGAAUUAUAGACCAAGGUUUAGUACAAAAUCCAGUGAAUUUGAUGCAUCAACUGAAUCAGCAGUUUCGUCAAAAAAGUACAAUUUUAAUUACAGACGCACUACAAAAUUAAGCACAGGUACGACUAGUACUGAGCCAACUACAUACCAGUCAGAAAAGACUUCAGUAUCAGAUCUUCUUCAAGAUUUAUAUGAGACCACAACUGAUGACUAUAUUGAUAUAACUACUGAAGACAAUAAUACAUCAGAAAUUCCAGACGAAAAUGAAAUUGAUUAUUUGACAACAACUCACUCUGACAAGGAAUUGGAAACGACAAUGAGUACUGAAGAGAACAUUAGUAAUCAGACAGAAAAUAUUGAAGAUAAUGAUAUCAAUUUGGAAACUACUAAUAAGUAUAUUGAAUCAACAUCAACAUCAACUACUACCGUUACUAAUACAGAGACUACCACAACACAAACAGAUAUAUCAGAUGAACCAGAAUCAACAACAUUCUAUAUGGAACAAACUAGCGAAAUACAAAUGGAUACAACCACAGUACCAGAAAGAAGUACUUCAGAACCAUCUAGCUCUGUAGCUACUGAACAAUCCAGUACGUCUCUUCGGCCAAACAUUUUAAAACCAAUAGAGUCAAGGCCCAAGUUUAUUCCUUCUAGACUUAAGAGUAUUAGUAACAGUCAGACUACAGAAGCAAACUCCGUGAAACCUAAACCAUCGUAUAGGAACAGAUUGUUCGCAUCUACCACCAGUAGCUCAGUCUUAAAAGAAGCCAGUACCAGAUUCACUCCGAAGGAAAACAAGAGAUACAAUAAAUACCGAGGUGGUUUUAGAAAAGAAAAUAAGGAUGAGGAGUCAGCUGUAGAGACUAGUUCGGCUUCUACAAUCGAAAAAUCUUAUAAAUACAGAAAAUUUAAAGCACAGGAACCGGAUAUUUCAGCAAACGAAAAUGAAAAAGAAGAUGAUGAUGACGAACUUGAAGAUACCACACAGACCGUUGCAAGUAGCUCGGCAUCUUACAGUAACCGAUUCUUAAGUAAUUUUAAAAAACCAAAACAUAAUUCUGACUCAGUAUUGGAUAGCAGAGAUAAUAGCAACGAGGAUGACGAUAGUAGCGAUGAUAUAAAACCAAUAUCUGUAUUACCGCUUAAUAAGUCUCUAUAUAAAUACAGAAGACCACAAACUAUUCAAAAAAGUUCUGAUGUUGACAGUGAAAAAAGUGAAGAUGUUCCUGGAGAUGGAAUAACUAACGCCGAAACUCAAAAAGUAUCACCCCAGAUUAAUACCACUGUAUCAAGAUUUUCUAAUAAGACCACACAUUUAAAACCUCAAAACAAAAUUACCAGCUUUUCAAAAUCUACGACUGAAGCAACGAGGGUCGAUGAUCAAUUAAAAGAUAUAGAUACUGAAGCUAUUAAGAAUAGAAAUAAAAAUCUAUUUAACAAUAGGAAAUCCACUAUUGGUAUUUUGACCUCAUCUUCUCCAUUAACUACUUUAGAAGACGAAUUAGCCACUUCUCCUACAAUCUUAACAACAGAUGAUUCAACAACAGUCAUGGAAGACGAAUCUACAGUUUCAUCAACACCUAUAUCUACAACUGAGUCUAUUGAGUCUAGUACUUUAGUGCAUAUUUUUGCAGAGAAAGCUGCUGGCACGUCUGAGUUACCAUCUAAAGUAGAUAAUAUAGAAAAUCAUUCGCCAGAAAACAGAGUUGAACGCCUUAUUGAAGUGAACAGAAUUGUAAAUGUCCAGACUAAAGAAGACAUUGUAAAACAUCAUCAUGUGGAACAUAUAACUGAUCAGGAGUCACCAAUAUUAGAUAAGAUAGGAGCUAUUAAUAGAGUCACGGUUAUAAAAGUGGUAGAUAAAGACGGGCAAAUAGUUAAUAGUAAUGACACCAAUGACAACAACCUAUCUCCAGUUUAUCUUGCAGAUUCUCAGUCAAAUGAGUCUCCUAUAAAGUCGUCUGUUGAUAUGAUCAUUCAGAUUGCUAAAAUUGAAGAAAUACCUUCUGAGAACAUGUUAGGGAAGAUCAAUUUGACGAAUAUAUCAUUGGGAAUCAAUCAGUCUGAACGUACUGAUAGGGAGGAAAGAAAACUUGGAGAUAUAGGAAGUAAAUUAGUAACCAGCAAAGUGGAGAAUAUAGGAAAAGCUGAAAUAUUUGGAGGACUGUCUCAUAUUAACGUCAUAACUCCCAGACCAAUACAUCUCACAGAAUCAUCGACGAUAGCUUUAGAAGGAUUAUUCCAAACAGAAAAACCCAGUUUAUUUACCAGUAAAAAUUCCAUAAGUGACGAACUAUUGGAGACCGAAAACUCAAAAUAUGUAAAUGUAAGGAUACUUCAUCCAGAUGAGGGUUACCGAAUAAAUAAAGAAAUUAAGCAUGAUACGAAAGUUAUACCCAUAAAACUACUUAAGCAAGAUGAUGAUUUCAUAAUGCGUGCCAAAGUAGUUGAGGUUUCAACUAAAUCGACUUUGAAUACGAUCAAAAUCGCCCCCAUUAAAGUAGAAGCUGCUAAAAGAUUACCCCCUCCCUUGCCCUUAAUUAGAAUAAAUAGAGAACAUAAUUAAUAUAAUCUUAGUUUGUAUUACACAUAGUUUCAAAAGUUAUGCAUCACCUAAAAAAGUCUGGUUAUUUUCAAAGUUGAUUUUUUCGUGAACAAAUUAACGCAUUUCGCUAAUUUUUUUUUAAUAUAUUAGAUUUUUCUAGUAUUUACACAGUUCAUCAUCAUCAUCAUCAUCAUCAUCAGUGGCGUUACAGCUCUUUAUGAGCCAAAGCCUUCUUAAGAACAAUCCUCCAUUCGCCCCUGUCUCUGGCAACUCUUUUCCAUGCUCUAAUUCCAAUAGAUUUUAAAUCAUUUUCUAAGUUGUCUUGGGACCUAAGUAUCGGUCUUCCUCUUGCUCGUUAUCCUAUCGGCCCUCUUCGGUCAAAAACUUUUCUGACUAAGGCAUCUUCCUCUCGUCUGAUUACGUUAUGACCUAUCCAUCUAAAGCGUGCUACCUUAAUGAAUUUUACAACGUCAGGUUCUCCAAAACUAUACAACUCAAAGUUGUAGCGCCUGCGCCACAAACCUUGUUCUUUUAUGCCUCCAUAAUAUAUUUGUCUUAGGAUUUUUCGCUCAAAACGUUUGAGCAGUUCUUGGUGAUUCUGUGUAAGUAACCAAAUUUCUGAACCAUAUGUUAGCACUGAUCUUAUUAGUGUUUUGUAGACAGUUAAUUUAAUUUUUCUAGGUAUUUUUAAGGCAAUCUGUCUUCUUAAGUCAUAGUAACACUUAUUGGCAAGCAUUAUUCUUCUUUUAAUUUCUUCACUGACAUUGUUAUCUAUAGUUAGCAGCGAGCCUAAGUAUAUGAAGGUGUCGAUACCUUCCAGUUCUAGGUCGUCAAUUGUUAUUCUUGUAGGUGUUGGGUUGCUUGACCUAGUGCAACACAUAUAUUUGGUCUUUUGAACAUUUAUAUUUAGUCCCAUUCUCUGUGCAGAUGCUCUUAUUGACCGAAAUGCUUCAGUCAGAGAUUCUGUGGACCUAUCUAUGAUGUCUAUGUCAUCUGCGUAUCCGACGAUUUAUACUGAUUUGUUAAAGAUAGUAUCAUGCGAAUUAAUCUGGGACUCUCGAAUUAUUGUUUCUAAUGCCAGGUUAAAUAAGAGUCACGAUAGGCCAUCACCCUGUCUUAAUCCAUUUUUGCAAUGAAAGGUCUUGAAAAAUCGUUUUGGAUUUUUACCAUGCUCUCUGCUCCUGUGAAUGUAAGUUCAGUUAAUUGGACAUGAUGAAGCGGUAUUUGAAAUUCUACCAUAGCAAGUAGAAGUUUACCUUUAUUAACUGAGUCGUAUGCGGCUUUGAAGUCCACGAAUAUGUGGUGGGUGUCGACGCCGAACUCUAGGGUUUUUUCAAGGAUCUGCCUCACUGUAAAUAUCUGGUCUGUUGUUGAUUUAUUAGGACGGAAACCACACUGAUAUCCUCCCACUAUUUGUUCGGCGUAGAGGAGGAGUCUUUUGUACAAUACGUUAGACAACAUAUUGAGUAGAGUAAUGCCUCUAUAAUUAUCACACACCAUCAUGUCUCUCUUUUUGUGUAGAGGACACAGUACACCUAACUCCCAGUCUGUGGGCGUUUCUUUCUGUUGCCAGGCCAGAUUGCAGUUAUCAGUUUACAGGCUAUUAUUCUGAUUUACACAGUUGGGCAAAGGUUUACUCGAACUUCUUUUUUGAACUUAUACCGGGUGAAGAAAAAGAAUGUUUUUCUUAUAAUAAGUUUAAGACAUCCUGAAAUGGUAUUGUAGUGUUAUGUUUUGUGAACAUUUUGUUCACAAAAUGAACAGUUGAAGAAAAAAACAGUUAACAAUUCUUUAAAACCGGCAAAGCAUAUAACGUUAACAAUUCUGGUCUACACCGUAAUAGUUAUUUGUCGACCAAAUAAGCGGUAUACACAGCGUAAUAUAAGAGAGACGAAAUUGUUUAAUGGUGGAUCUGUGAUGUUUAGGAGUGGAAUUUACUCGAGAGUAAGUACGGAUUUGGUGUCUAUGUGGAGGCUCUUUAAAUAGCGAGAGGUACAUUUCGCGAUUUUCUUUCUUUGAACACUUUGUUCCCUUCGCAUUAUGAUAUAUGAAAUAAUUUCAUCUUAAUGUAUGAUAAAACAUGGAAUCCUCACGUAUAGCAUGUCGUCAGUUAAAACACAUAUUAUAGAGUAAAACCGUCUAGUUUCAUUAUUAAAGAUAUCAGAGAAAUUUAAAAAAAAUUCACAAAAUAUGAGUCUACAAUAUUAUUUUGAUGUACAGUGGAACCUCGUUAACACGGAUUAAUCGGGACCGCGGCCGAUCCGGGUUAUCGAAAAUCCGGGUUAGCCGGAGAAAAUGGUAAAAAUUAUUAAAGUACGGUAUACUUACAGAUAGUUGGCGUAUUCCAUGACGUUUUUUCCAUCUAUCCAGCCAACCUUGACUCGCAGUAAAAUUUGGUUCACAAUCAGGCAACAUUUUAUUCAGCUUGAGUGCUGAUUCUUGAAUAAUUGGUCCAGACACUGGUAAACCACGUUCGCGUUCCGCACAAAACCACACAUACAAAGUGUCGUCGAGAGUCUCAUUUUUAGCUUUAUUAACUUUGCACCAAUUGUCCAAACUGUCUUUUAUUAUCAUUUUGAAACAAAAUUCUUCGAUUUUAGUUCUAUUUUUCUUCCAAUCCGAUACUGUAGAUGUACCGAUACUAUAUGAUGCUGCAGUUGUUUUUAAAGAUUCGCCUUUGUCAAUUCUACCUAAUGCGACCAGUUUCUUUUCCAUUGUCACUACAACAUUUUUUAAGUUUUGUUGCCAUUACGUAGAGAAAAAACACGCAAACACAAAAUCUGAAUAGAUUUACGAACGAAUACAGAACGGAAGCGAAUAAUAUGACUGUACUACACACAAUACGGUCUCAAUCGCAACGAUGUUAUGUUAUUUAAUAACAGUGAAGACUAAGACCAUUGUUUAAAAACGAAUUUUUUAAUAGUCUUUUAGUCUUUUUUAAACAAUGCUAAGACAGUUUGAAAUAAAUAAAAUAUACUGCAGGUGCCUGUUGUUUCCGAUAACACGACAAUGAACGUUAUGUGCCAUGAGUCAUUUUUACUAUCGUAUGUAGUUCAAAUACCCAUUAUCUCUCAAAUAUUAUAUUACAUACAUUUUUAUUGUUGAAAUGUUUGGCUGAUAAAAAUUGGUCCGGGUUAUCAGGGGCCGACUUAUCGGGAUUCCACUGUGUACCCACAAUUGUACCAUUUCCUCCCUACAAGGUGUCUCAAACAUUUGUUUCAGUUAAAACACAUGUUAAACAAUAACACCGUAUAUUUUCUUUGUUUCUAAAUAUAUCAGGGAUAAUCAAAAAACAAAAUGUUCAAAAAAUAUAAUACUAUAAUACGAUUUCGAUGUAUACUCACACUUGUACCUUGUCCUCCCUACAGGGUGUCUCAAACUUAACAUAAGAAAAACAUUUCUUUUCUUCUACCCGGUAUAAGGUAUAAUUACAAAAAAAAGUGAGUAAACAUUUGCCAAAAUGUGUAAAUGUGUAUAAGGAAAAUAUAAAAUAAUAAAAAAAUUAGCAUAAUCCGUUAAUCUGUCUAUGAAAAAAUCAUCUAUGAAAAUGAACAUAAAUUUAGGUGAUGCAUAACUUUUGAAACUAUGUUUAUUUAAUUGUAGAUUUAAUUUAUGUGUAUGUUUAGUGUCAUUGUUAUGUAUGUAAAUACAAAAUGUUCUUGUUGUUGUUAUACAAAUUUGCUAUUUGUGUGUGAUAAUUGAUUGUAAAUAAUAAGCACUUUGUAAUAUAUAAGCACACCCGAUUUUAUCA